UUUUAAAACUCAAUAAAUAAAUCAUAAAAAUAUAAGAAACUCAAAAAAUGUUUAAAUAAGUAUAGAAUAAAUUUUAUAGACAGUAUGUUUCCGAAAUCCACAGUAGUCUUAAAGACAACAAAACGGUAAUGGCACUAUUAAAAAUUUUGAAUAUAAUUUUCGUGUUGAUCUCAGUAACGCAAAUCUUCGGCCAUCCCGUGGCAGUCUCUAAUCCAGACAAUAAUGCUGCCCUAGAUCAAAUGAGUUUAAAUGACAGUGCCACUGAUAGACUUCUGGUCUUAACCGUGGAUAAUUUCAAUAGCAUAUCCGAACAAUAUGUCUUGGACGCUCUCAAAGUCACAAAUCAUAUGCUUAAGGAUGAAGAUUUAAAAUCCAAUAGUAAGCCAGAAGUCUUAGUGUUCAAAUUCAAACUCUGCUCAUUCCUAAGUAACUAUAAUAAAGCCCAAAGUAUGCAAGAAAUUUAUGAAUCAAUGGCUGAUUUUGUCAAUAUAACCUAUUAUUAUUUUGAACUAAGCGAACAGCAACAAAUCACAAAGGAAUCAAAAUUUAUUAUUGAUAUUUUAAAUAAAUACAAUUGUGAAGCUGUAACUGUGAAAUUAUUUGAACUUUUCGAAAAUUUUUUUGGCGAAUUUAUCGAAAAGUUUGAAGAAAAUAAAAAGGGUCUGCCAAAACCCAUUUUGAAAUGGUUCGAUACAUUUAUAAUAUUAAGCAACUUGAAAGUAAAGAUGGAUUCCAUUACAGAGUUUACGCAGUUGGCUUAUAAAUAUUAAGAAAUGUUUCUAAAUGAGAAUUUUGUGCAAAAAAAUUAUUUUGUCUUCAAUAAAUAUUGGAUGUAAACACCGAA